GUUGACGUAUGCUACGAAAUUCUUAAACUGUUGAACUACAUCGAUUUCGACCUUUCACUUACGUAAGUACACCAUAUCAAACAGACAUCUUACCCAUAAUUGGCCAGGAGGUACUGUUUGUUAUUAUCGUGACUACACCGUAGGCAAGCCUUGAUAGCAUUGGUUGCAUCCAACAUAGAAGGAAGAUGGGCAAGAAAACCGGUUCCGAAAGUAAUCAGUUACCGCCUAAACGAACAACCGCUACGGUUGGUGACUAUCAGAUUCGUCUUACCGACGGCUGGACCGUUAACGAUGGCACAUUUAUCCAAGUUCCCCUGAAUAGGAGGCGCGAGAAAGAUGUGCCACAUCCAGUGAACGCCGACUUAGUCGAGCGAUGCACGUAUGGUCUUAGUAGCCUUCAAGUCUGCCGCGAUGCUCCAAUCACGCCAGCUGCUUUAGACGUUGCGUGCCAACACAUCCGCUAUUGCCUGCCCUCCAAUAUUCAGAAAUCCGUGCGGGUCGUGCCUCCUUGUGGCCCCGACCUCUGGAGCCAGAAUACAGAGCGUGCCGAGGCAGUGUACAAAAUGAUGCAGGAGACAGAUGAGUUAGACGCGUCGGGUACGCAAUACUGGUUGUAUCCGGAACUCAAAAAGACGCCUUGGACCAUCUGGCCUCUCUGGGUAGAAGACAACCACGGGAAAGACUUCGUUUUGGCUGUUGUAUAUUCUAUCCAAGACCAGGCUUUGCGUGGCAAAGAGGGGCCGUCCGUCCCAUUCGAUCAGGUCAUCGCGAUUAAUGUUUAUGACCCACGGCGAGAUACUUGGAACGAUCACGGGAAAUAUCGCACCAUAGGCGCACGACAGUCAUGGUACCGCAGUGCCGUGCUACAGUUUUUGGGAAAGGGGGGAUACUACAUUAAGGAAGCGAGGUGGAUGCAUGGAGAAAUGUCUCCGAUGCAGCUAGGGGAAUCGACGUCGGGGGAGCGUUGUUUUGCCGCAGUGAAAGAAAUUCUUAACAAGAUCAUGGUGUUAGGGAAUGCAUACCUAGAUGACAGAAAUAGGAGAACUAGGGCUGGCAUAGAGUGGAGUCUUUCACGAUGGGUGAAUCCGUAUCAGAAUCGGAUCGAAAUGGCGGGUAUCUGUGCGUGGAAUUUGAUGGCCAUGUUCGACUACAACGCUCGCAUCACCGUCGAGUGUGUCCCACCCCGGGCCAAGCAGGAGGUUGUGGUUGAUGGCCGACGACGGCUGGUUAAACCUGAGGAUCUUGCGGGUCCACCUCAGCAUCCCAUCCUAGCGGAACUUGAUUAUCAGAUUUCAGCACCUGAGGGAAUUCCACCUCUGGAACUGGACGAGAUGGACAUGGACGACAUGGACAGUGAUGAAUGAAACAAGUGAGACUUGUUUGUAAAUGAAGAA